UUGUGAAAAUGUCAACGGUUCGCGGUUUUUGUUAAAAAUUUAAUCAUUACGAUAAAAAUACUAGGUAUCACCAGGGUAUUUUAGUAAUAAAAUUGGAUUGUUUGAUGGAGUAGUAUUGACAUGGAGUGCACGCAAAGAUUGGAUUACGACUCGUCGGAGUCGCAACGAAUAUGUCCCGAACAGAUUGGAUUUUUAGGUAUAUUGGGCAGCAAGUACCCGGUAAAACAUGGCCCAAACAAGAUUGGACGGGAUCCACAAACAUGCAACAUAGUUCUCGAUUUAAAUUCUAUAUCCCGGCAACAUGCGGUGAUUAAUGUAUUGAAUGACAGCGAGUACAUGCUCAUGGACCUGGAUUCAGCUAACAAGACUAAAUUGAAUAAUCGCAUACUGCGUGCAUACCUGCCGGCGCCGCUGCGUGAUGGCGACACGGUGCAGCUGGGCGCCGUGUUCGGCGUGUUCCGUCUGCUGCGGGACGCCGCCUUGCCGCCCACGCAGGCGCUGCCGCCCACCCAGGUGUACGAGGAGGCCGAGUCGCCGCGGCCGCCGCGCCUGCCCCGCGCCAUCGUGCCGGAGUCGCCCGACCUCAGCGAUCGGGACGAGUCAUUCAUCACACCGUCGCAACCCACAUCACUACAUUCUUCCAAGAGCACCAGCAGCAAAUAUAAAACUGUAUCCCUCAGUUCAAAGACAAUAGAUAACAUUUUCUGGAGCUCGUCGAAGAAGUCCAAUUCUUUCAACUUGGAUGAUAGUUUGAACGUAUCGCGAAUGAAUAGCGAUAUUCACGAGAUGGAGACGCAGGCGCCAGCGAGGGCGGAGCCCUGCCCCGACAUACAUGGGCUGGACACGCAGGCGCCGCCACACCUGCCCGCUGUGCGCAGUAUUGCCGACCAACACCGAGUGGAACUAGAUCUAUUUGCAGAUAACAAAGAGAACGACAACAGCAUCUACAACGCCGAGACUCAAAUGCUCCCAGCCGAGAAAGACACGACCGACGACAAUAUAUUUAAUGCCACCACACAACUUCCAUAUGAGAAACAAACGAAUGAAUCGUUAAAUCAUAAUAAUAACGGCAUCUUCGUGGCUGACACUCAGCUUCCCGCAGACAAAGAUGACGCUGCGGUGGAUAGGAAUGAUACAAUUUUUAGCGCCGACACGCAACCGCCGACCGGUGACAAAGACAUUAAUAUUUCAAUAGAACCGAAGAACACGUCUAAAGAUAGGAUUAACAAAUCUACUGACGUCAUCAUGUUUGACGAGCUGGACACGCAGCCCUUCUUCGACGACCUUCAGUCGCAGCCCAUAGUGCCUCCAGAAAUGUUUACCAAUGAGGAUAACCUAGAAGAGGACAUCCCGUUGUCACAGAACGAUACGGUCGAUGAUGACGGCCACGUGCGAUUAAAACAUAAAAAACAAAACACCUGCAUGUCCCCUAUACCAGUAAAUAGGAAAACUCGACUUAAAUCAGACAGCUCCACUGACUGCGAGGACAUCGACAUUCUGCCGACACAAGUGAUUCCGCCUAAACCAGUGGUUGAUGAUGAGCUUACUGAUUGUGAAGAUGAAUCGAUGGACAUAGAUUUAAAUAAAUUUAACGGCGUACCCCCUAGUAACCCCAAAGUGAAUUUUGAAGAUUUAGCAACUCAAGUGAUACCUGAAGUCGUCGAAAAUUUUGACGAAAGAAAUAUACCCUCUAGUAACACCAAAGUGAAUUUUGAAGAUUUAGCAACUCAAGUGAUACCUGAAGUCGCCGACGAUGGCGACGCUCCAGCAACUGCAACAACAGGCCCGUGCUUGGAAGACAUGCUCACGCAGGUGAUACCAGAGGUCGAUGUCGGGUCCGAGGGGCCUGCGUUUGAAGACCUGCCAACUCAAGUCUUAGUAGAGGAUGUUGCGGACAAACCAGCUACAGCAGAACAGAACUCAAAAGAAGUGGACUCUCCAUUUAAGGUUCCUUUCCAAACGCCCAUUAAAAUUAAAAGAAAAGAUAUUCCUAAAACCGAUGAUUCAACUUAUCUUAAGCCUUCUACAGAUUCCGCAACAAAUACACACAUUGAUAAUGCGGACGAUGACAAGUAUUAUGCAGCAACGCAAGAAUUGUUUGAAGAUUUGUGUUCCCAGAAACAGCCAACGUCCAAACUUAGUUUAAUAAAUAACUGUGUUUCUAAUGGUGAAUCCGCUAAACAAAACGCGGACGACAAAUUGGUGCCCAGCUCCUUAGAAGAAAACAAAUUUGGAAAGAGAUUUUCUUACAUCGACGAUGAGUUAUCACUCGUAGUGGACAAGUCACCGGGCAGUAGCGAUGCGGAUGAGAAAGUAAAUAAGUUUGUUACAAACCUGUCAGCGAAGCAGAUCAGCGAGGUGAUCGGCGCGGAGGUGGACGCUGAAGUCACGCCCAAGAAACUGCGGCCCUUCACGUUCCUGACGACUGAGCUGCCCGACAGCCAAGAGAUCAAGACCUGCGUCACACUCAGCUCGCACGCGCACCUCACGGAGUCCUCCAGCGAAUCGGAACAAGACAACGACACCAAUGAUUCACAAGAAAACACGCCCAUUCUGUUUAAGAAAAAGAAAAGAGCACCCAAAAUAAGUGUGAGAAAAGACCUGACGGCCACCUUCGACGUGGAGGCGCUGCCCACCAGGGUCAUAACGCGACGGCGAAAACCUACGUCAAAAAUGCAAGACAAUCAUUCAAAUAAACAAAGUAGAAAUUUAUUUACACCCAAAUACUUGACCGAGCAAGAGGACGACGUCGACUCGGAAAUAAUCAAUGAAAAUAUAACGCGACUGAAGAGUAAGAAUGAAAAGAAGAAUAUUAAAGGGAGGAAUACAUCCGCCGAGAGCAGUCAAAACUCGGACAAAAUUAAAACGGAAAAUGUUAAACGUACAUCGAGGGAACACGAUACCGAUUCGACCAAGCAAAAGCUUAAAACUCGGAGGAAUGCAAGGGCUAAAACUAGUAAAGAUGUAACUGUGGAUCUUACUGUAGAUCAGGUAGCAGACACGUCUGUAAAUAAAUCUGAUGUAAAAUCAAUCGAUAUAGUCGAACAGACGAAAGGAGGUAACCGGGGGAACAACAUAAGUAACAACACCAAAAUAGAUGUGACAUCAAAACUCGACGACACUAAACUAUCUAAACAAAAAACAAGAGAAACCCAUAAAAACGAGAGAGCUAAGAAAAUAGGUCAGGACAAGAUCACAAAUUAUACCGUAAAUAUGGAUAGUGACAGGAAACAAUCCAGCUCGACGACCUCCAAGAAGGCGAACCACAGUUUAAAUGCAACCAGCGACACCGGGAGGACAAGAACUACAAGAAGUAAAAACAAAGACAAAGAUGGGAGCAAGGAAAGCGGCGACAAGAAAUCCGUGACGCCGGAACCGGACACGAGCAAGCGGAGGCGAGGCCGGCCGCGGCGGGAGGACGCGGGACGAGGGGACACAGAUCAGCGGAAGGAGAGGGGCGGCGCUAAAGAUACAAGGGAGAACAAAGUGGAGAGAGAGGAGCCCGCGCACGACGUGCGGCGGAGCACGCGGCGGCGGGCCGGCGCCGUGCACGAGCGGAGCGCCGAGUACGGGGAGGGGGCGGGGGCCGCGGGGGCGGCGACGGGGGCCGGCCCCCCGCGCGGCAAGCGGCCCGCGGCCGCGGCGCCGGCGCCGCCCGCCGCCAAGCGCACGCGCGCCGCCGCGGGGGCCGCGGGCGCCGCGGCGGCCGCGCAGGCGCCAGCCCCGGCGCCGUCCCACGGCCUGGCCACUUGCAACGUGUUAUUCACCGCCUUCCCUUGUGAUCAUCUCAAGGGCGAAUUGGAGAAACUGGGCGCCGUGGUGGUGAGCGAGGUGCGGGCGUGCUCGGUGGUGGCCACGCUGCAGCUGCGGCGCACGUGCAAGCUGCUGUGCGCCGUGGGGCUGGGCCGGCCCGUGGUGGGCGCCGCCUGGCUGCACGCCUGCCUGCAGCAGCGGGCGCUGCUCGACCCGUGGCAGUACAUCCUGGUGGACGAGGCGGCGGAGGCGCGGUUCGGGUUCAGCCUGCAGGCCGUGCUGCGGGGGCCGCGGGGGGUGCUCCGCGGGUACCACGUCGGGGCCACGCCGGGGGCCCUGCCGCCCCCGCAUGAGAUGAAGAUGAUAGUGGAGUGCAGCGGGGGCAGCUGGGUGGACGCGGAGGCGGCGGUGGCGGCGGCGGGGGCGGGGGCGCCGCGGGCGUGGCUGUGCGUGUCGGUGGCGGGCGAGCGCGGGCGCUGGGAGGCGCUGCGGGCGGCGGGCGCGCGGCUGGUGGGGGGGGAGCUGGUGCUGCGGGCCGCGCUCACGCAGCGGCUGCACGUGGACGCGCACCUGCUGCGCUGACCCGGCGGCCGGGUCCGCUGCACACGUGGUGGAACGACACUUACGGACCUCCCGAUUUAGCCUACUGUAACGCCGCCCUACCUGGGGCCCGUGUGACAAUAGCGGCACAAGAUAACGUGUCGAUAACCUACCUCGUUAAUAGGGUUGAUUUCAAACCGCGACUUAACUUAGUUCGGCAGCUCACAGACACAAGGUUAGCUUUAGAACUGUCGAACUAUAAAAAGUGUCAGUGACAUCGUAACGAAAUGUUUGAGGGAUGAUUCAGACCGUGAUUCCGAGUUAAUAUCAAGUGGAAUUUUCCAUCGCAAAGGUAUAGAAAUUAAAUAAUUUAAAAAAAACAUGAAUUUGCGACGGAUAUAUCCACUUAAUAUUAACUUGGAACCAUAGUCUUGGUAAUCUUCUUCAGUAUU